GGCAGACUCGGCGCGUCUUGUGCAUUCCGCCAGUAAUCCGCCAGAGUUGGUUACGGCACGUUGAUCAAGCCUACACACCCCCACCAUACAUGGCUUUCUUUCAGCAAGCCAAGGCUGCGCCUAAGCACACGGUUGAACCAGCAUUGCAGCCGUGGGUCGAGAAAUACCGACCCAAGACCAUUGACGAGGUGUCUGCCCAAGAGCAUGCUGUAGCCGUCCUUCGAAAAACGCUCUUUUCUACCAAUCUUCCGCACAUGCUCUUCUAUGGCCCGCCAGGCACUGGAAAGACAUCCACUAUUCUCGCACUAGCACGGCAGCUCUUUGGACCAGACAACUUCCGCAAUCGAGUCCUUGAGCUCAAUGCCUCUGAUGAUCGUGGCAUUUCCAUCGUACGCGAGAAGAUCAAGAACUUUGCGCGUCAGACCCCUCGAGCGCAGGCCGUCGCAUCAGAUGGCAAAACGUAUCCAUGUCCACCAUACAAAAUCAUUAUCCUUGACGAAGCCGACUCGAUGACGCAGGACGCGCAGGGUGCACUCCGCCGCAUCAUGGAAACCUACGCACGAAUAACACGUUUCUGUCUGGUAUGUAACUAUGUGACCAGAAUAAUCGAACCUCUGGCGUCACGCUGCUCAAAGUUCCGUUUCACACCUCUUGAUUCCUCCUCAACAUCAAACCGUCUUUCCCAUAUUGCAGCUCAGGAACAUGUCGACGUCUCUCCAGAAGUCAUCCAAGCGCUCAUUGAUACGUCUUCCGGCGACCUCCGUCGUUCUAUCACCUACCUGCAAUCUGCUUCGCGGUUAUCUGCCUCGUCAGAGCCUCCUACGCCAAUAACAGCUAGGGAUAUACAAGAAAUUGCAGGUGUCGUUCCGAAUGGUGUCAUGCUUGAUUUUGCCUGUGCACUCGGCAUCGAAUUUUCGGGAGACAUGGACGUGGAUAGCGAUACUGACCGCGGCCGAAAGCGUGAUUUUGACGGCAUCCGAAAGAAAGUGAAAGAAGUAAUACGGCAAGGGUAUUCUGCAUCACAAAUAUUGCUACAGCUGCAUGAUCUUGUCAUCCUCCAUCCAACCCUGCCAGCUCGCCAAAAAGCAAGAUGUGCACUCAUUUUCUCGGAGGCAGACAAGGCUCUGUGUGAUGGUGCUGACGAGGAGCUAUGGGUCUUGGAGAUUGGGCUUCAAGUGCAAAAGUGUGACAGCGCAUAA